AUGACCAAGAAACUCCAAAAGCGUCUCCAAGAUUACCUCACCAAGAUUAAGAAACCUUCCCCUGCUUUGAUCCCAAUCCCCUCUAAGAAAUGGAUGCGAACCUGUAAACACCCCAAAACCCUAUCUUUCGCUAUCAACAACACUGAGACGACUCAAGACAAAGAUGAUGAUGCUGCAACACUCUCAGAUAUCGAUGAGUUUCUCUUCGAGAAUUUCAGGUCUCUCUACCUAAGAGACGAUGAUCAAGGAGCUGACACCACCGACGAGAACGAAAGAAAAAGAGAAGAGAAAACCCUAGAAAUGAAACAAGGCCAUGAAAAGGAAAGUGCAAACGAGCCCUUUUGGGAUAAACCUCUACACCUGAAGAAACGUAGUCCUGAUCAACAUGAAACCCAAAACCAAGAUGGGUUUCUGUUCGAGUCCCCUCGACUGAAUAUUGAUCCACCGGCGGCGGAUCUCUGUAGCUCACACAGGUUUUCAGUGUCCCCGGGUCGACUGUCAAGCUCCGUCCGGACUAGCACAACCACCACUACGACAUCUGAGGACGCAGGAUCCAGCUCUAUGACGUCAACACGAACCCUAAACGUCGACUCUCCUACCACAUCACAUUCUAAUAACAACGAUCACCAUGUGGCACUUCCGACUGACUGUAUCUCAGUCUUGAUGUACUCUCCCAACCCGGGCUACGAGUUUAAAAGAUCCAUGCAUGACAUGGUUGAAGCUCGCCUCAGAAACAAUGCAAAGGUAGACUGGAAUUUCAUGGAGGAGCUUCUGUUUUGUUAUCUCAAUCUCAACAAGAAGAAGUCCCACAGGUUCAUACUGAGCGCUUUCGCGGAUUUGGUCGUGGACAUGCGUCAGGAUUCUGACACCGUUCUGGAGAGAUCACGGAAACUUUGA